AUGAAGACGCAACUGGAGCGCAUCCAGAAAUCGGACAUCACGGCUUUUCGGAAGCAGGCGCUCGCCAUGCUGUGCCAGAUUCCACGCGGCAGAUAUAGCACUUAUGGAGCUAUGGCUGACCACAUAUCCCAGACGUCGCACAAGACUUGCGCUCGGGCUGUUGGUAGUGCCAUGCGGAACAACCCAUUUGCGCCAGAAGUCCCCUGCCACCGAGUUCUUGCUGGCGAUGGAAGUCUUGGUGGCUUCAAAGGUCAUUGGGGCGAGAAAGGCCAAUUUGCCAGUCUGAAGCACGAGCUGCUAUACAAGGAGGGAGUACGCUUCGACUCUACCGGUAAAGUCAAAGGGCCGCCAUUCUGUGACUUUACCUGA